AUGUGUGAAGAAUUAAAAGACGUUGAUUACCUCCACACAUUAUUCAAUAUCUUGAAAAGUAUAAUCUCUUUACAUGAAAUUGCAUUAUUUGAAGUACUUAUACGUAAAGAUUUAUUCGUCAAGGUCGCAGGAAUUUUUGAAUACGAUCCACAAUAUACCAACAAAAGACCUAAACAUAGAAAAUUAUUAUCAGAUCAAUCUAAACAUAAACAAGCUGUAAAAAUUAAAGAUGACCUUAUUAAAGAAAAAAUUCACGAAACAUUUCGAAUCCAAUUUUUUAGAGAUUCCUUAUUACAUGGAUCAUGCGAUGAUGAAACAUUAACAGCAUUAUCUUCAUUAAUCUGUUUUAAUUAUAUUGAGAUAUGCAGGCAUUUUGCUAAUGAUUCUGAAUACUUAUUAGAAAUAUUUGAUAUACUAAAUAAACCAAAUGAGCCUAUACAAAAAAAAUAUGAUUCCAUAGGAUUUUUACAAGAAUUAUUUCAUAUUGCCAAAAAUUUGCAACCUUCCAGCAGAAGUGAUUUAUACAGAGCAUUAUGUAAAAAUGGAAUUUUAGACGCAAUCGAAUCAACUUUAGAGAUUGAUGAUCCCAUUUUGAAAUCAGGAGGUAGUAAUUUAUUAUCAUCAAUUAUGGUGUUGGAGGCAGGAAUAGUAAGGUUGCAUAUACUUAGGAAACAUAGAAUAAAUGAAAAAUCAUUAGCAACUAUAAUAAUAAAUCAAAUAGUUGAAAAUAAAAAUUCAGAUUUCACAACUCAUUUAGCCGGUGUUUUGCAAUCUCUAAUUAAUAUAAAUGGUAGUUUAGAUAUGGAUUACAUUUAUGAGGAGUCAGCACUCGCUAGGUAUAAGGAAGAAAAAGACAAUGAUCAGUUUUUACAAUUUUUUUACGAAAAUUUAUCUGUAACCUUGUUCGGGCCACUAAUUAAUUUGCCAAAUUUAAAUUCUGAAACUGAAAUAUUAUAUUUAACCGAAUCACAAUUAACCUUAUUCUUUCAUCUAUGUGAGUUAAUGAGAAUGAUGAUAAGAUAUCAUGGAGUGAGAAGUAAAUUUCUUAUUAUGACAAAUAGCAUUGUACCAAAGCUUGUGUUAUUGUUGAGGACAAAUGAUAAAAUUUUAAGGCUUUCGGCGUUACGAACCAUUCGUUCAAUAAUUGGGCUUGAUUAUAAAUUUGUAGCCAAAAAUGUUGCAUCACACAAAAUCAUGACACCAAUAUUAAAGUUAUUAUUAGAACCUAAACCUAAAAACAGUUUAUUAAAUUCUGCUUCGGUUGAAUUACUUGAAUAUAUUCGAGUAAGUAAUAUUCGGCCAUUUAUUGAUGAAAUAGUUGAUAAACAUCGUGAGGAACUAUCAUCAACUAGUGAUUAUGCCAACACUUUUGAGAAGCUUAUCCAACAAUACGAUAGAAAUCAUAAUCAAACGACUGAUGUUACUACGGAAUCUGAUGAGGCAACAAACAAUCCUGCUAAUCCACGUCAAGCCAUAAUAAGUGAUUGCACUACUGCUGCUUCAUCGUCAAAAUCCUCACCGUUAUCAUUUCAAAUCAAUUUUAAUGCUGCUAUUAGAAGUAUUAAAUCAAGGUUUAUUAGUAGUGGUAGUAAUAAUAUUAACAACAACGUUGAUUCUAAUAAAAAACAAAGAAUAAAAGACAAAUGGAAAAGUGCAAAACUUGUAUUAAACUUUUUAAGAGUUAAAGAAUAUCCUGCAAUUUAUAAUUACUCGUUUGAUGUGACUGAAAUUACCAAACCGCCUAGAAAACCGGCAAGCAAAAAGGUUUCAAAAAAAGUCUAUGAUCGCAUUAGAUCAAUUGAACUUUUGGGGAGAAACAUUGUAUCAGUUUACGAUGGUGGGCCAAUUUUUUCUAAUAAAAAAUUUGCAUUUGAUCAUAAAGAAGAUAAAGAGUUUAAAAUCGAUCUUCCUGCUGAAGUUGAAGGAAGAAGAAGUAAAAAUUAUCAAGUAAAAUUAAGAUAUCAAGGAGAAGCUGAUUUAGAAAAACUUAUGGACUUUGUUUCUUUAAAUCCAAAUACAGAAUAUGAUGGCACUGUUCAAUUUGGUCUUUCAUUAUUGAACGCAAUUCUAAAUUCUACACCUAGAUUAAACCAUUUAUCACUAGGAAGAAGAUCAAUUUUUCCUGAUUUGCCACUAUUUAAAGAAAUAAAAUUGCCUGGUGCAUUAGUAUUAAAACCAGGAAUUCAACAAGCUCUUAAACCUGGAUGGGCAAUAUUUUAUCCUCCUGGUCCAUUAAUUAAUAUUAUACCAGAAGCGAUUCAGAGAGGUUCUAGACAUUUGAGAACGCUAAAUGAUUUAAAAACAAGAGGUCUUAGCUUAGAUGAAUGUCGUUCCCUUCAAAGUUAUCUUAAAGAUGUAAAAUUAGAAAUUACAUCAUAUGGAAAAAGAAGACAAAUCACCAUCAGCAGAUUAUCACAUGAAAGUGCUGCUAAUUUAAAAGUUAAUAAAAACGAUCGAAAUUCUCAAACUAUUCAGCAAUAUUUUAAAAGUCGGUGGGAUUAUGAAUUGCAAUAUCCUAAAUUACCUUGUAUCGGUGUAUACAAUCGAAAUCUAAAAAAGGAUGAUUAUUACCCAAUCGAAGUUUGCGAAAUUGUUAAAGAUCAAAAAUUUGAAGAAAAAGAAUGGAAACCACUUUCUGAAGAUACACGAAGACAAGUUGUUCGCAAAACAUGCAUUGAACCAAAAGAUAGAUUUGAUUACAUAUAUGAUGCAAUACAUGAAGUUUAUAAAUAUGAUGAAGAUAAAGUUUUGAAAGCAUUUGGAUUGAAGAUUGAUUCACAUUUUAUUGAAGAAGAGGGUAAGAUUGUACCUGAACCAAAUCUUCAUACUGGUAGUAAUCUUAAAACUGUUAUAAGAAAUCAUCGUUGGGAUACUGAUAAAUUUGUUGAAGCAAAAGCUGUCGUUAAUUGGUCAGUUAUAAUAUUUGAUAGUUAUGUAAAAGUUGAAACAAUAGAAGCUGCUAUGAGAUUAUUAAGAUCUACAUUAACAAAAAGAGGAAUGAGUGUUCCUUAUUCGCCAUCAGUUAAGCAUGAAAAUCCACAGGGAGACAUUCAAGGGGCCGUAGUGAAAGCUUUGGAAAGAGCAAGAUUUGAUAAAAAAAGAGGAAACGCUGAUUUAAUCAUUUGUAUAGUUACAAAAAAUGGAGGAAAUUCAACUGUUUAUCCUGCUGUAAAAAAAAUUGCAGCUACAUUAGGUGUUGCGACUCAAUGUAUCUUGUCUAAUAAUAUUGAUCCAAGACACAAAGAUAAAUGGGGAAGUACAUUUAAUAAUUUGUCAUUAAAGAUUAAUGGGAAAUUAGGUGGUGAAAAUGCUCGAUUGAGUCCUGGUGAGCUUGAGAAAAUCACAAAAAAAGAACAUUUUAUGGUUAUGGGUGCUGAUGUUUUUCAUCCAGGAAGAUUGGAAGGAGAACGAGCAAGUAUUGCCGGCGUUAUUGCAUCAAAAAACUUACAUCUAACAAAAUAUGCAGCACGUUUCUCUGCAAACCGCAAAGUUAGAAAUGAAACUAUUGAAGAUCUUGAACCAAUGUCAGUGGAAUUGUUAGAGGUGUAUUAUAGUGAAAACAAACGAUUACCAGAUCAAAUAGUAUUUUAUAGAGAUGGUGUUUCCGAUACUGGUUUUCAAAAUGUCAAAGAUCAGGAAAUUACAGCAUUAAAAGCUGCAUUCAAGACCGUUUAUUCUAAACACAAACAGAAUUUACCAAAACUAACAUUUGUAAUUGUACAAAAAAGGCAUCGUGCCAGAGCUUUGGCGUUGAAUAGUAGUAAUAAGAAUCAAAAUUGUGAGCAAGGAACUGUUAUUUUUACAGGAAUUGUCGUCCCACAAAAUUUUGAAUUUUAUUUAUACUCGCAUACGGGUCGUCUUGGAACUUCCAAACCAACUCAUUAUUAUGUAAUAUACGAUGAAAGAGGUUUCUCGAAUGAAGAAAUGUUUGAGUUUACUUAUAAAUUAUGUUUCUUGUCUGCAAGUAAUCUUGAAGAAGAUGAAAAUGAUGUAUUAGAUGAUGAACUAAAGCAAAAUAUUUAA